AUGAAGACCUCAGCAAGCUCAAUCCUUCUCGCUCUCGCAGCUCUUGCAACGGCGCAGGAUCUCCCCCCAGACCUUCCAUCCUGCGUGCAAGUGUGUGCACAGCCCUACUUCGUUACUUCCUCCGGAUACACUACAUUUGCUGGGUGUGAUGUUCGUAACGUAGCUUGUGUCUGCGCGAACAAGCAAUUCAUAUCAGAGAUUUCAUGCUGUAUUUCCAAGUCAUGUAGCGCUGGAGACCAAAAAGCCGCAGCAGAUUUCGGUGGGAAUCUCUGUAGUCAGGUCUCUCUUCCAGGAACACCUCCAUUACCAUCUAUCGCUAGCUGCGCUGCUGGAAAUGGUACUUCCGCGACAAGUACAUCGGUUCCAGCAACGACAGUCACUGGUAGUAUGACUACUUUGGCGUCUCCCACCGUUACUGGAGCGACUGCAGCUUCAAGAAACCCAACUAUCAGAGGAAGGGCUGCGCGGUAA